ACAAAGGAGGUGCUGCAGGACGCGACAGAGUUCAGACCUGAGGCGAGCCCGGAGCUGUCUGCGGUGCUGAACAUCUGCUGCAGCUGCUGCAGGAUCAUCAUCAUCAUCAUCAUCAUCAUCACACCGAGUCUUCACGUGUGCUACAAAGAAUCUUGAUGAGUGAAUCCCGAAAUGAAGAUCUUCCCAAGGAUGAAGAUACAAACAACUAACUGCAACACGGCCAAACCAUUCAAGUGAUUCAAUACAAAAACGUUCUCUGAAAUACUACGAGGCGGAUCAUUAACAGUCUGCAAGCACUUUGAUUGAUCUAUGGAACAUCUUCGGCCACUCGACUGAGAUUUAUACAUCACUUUGUAAUCACAAUAAAUGCUCCUCCAGGGCUGCGACUGGAUGACACUUAAAAUAUUGACAAAUGAACUGAGGGCCAUGCAAGAUGAUUUAAAUCUGAAGUAGUGACCUCAGCAUUUGCAUUGUUAGCUUCUCUCGAGAACACACUAGUCUAUGUGGGAGAAAGUGAGACACAUGAACAGCAGCAGCCAGUUAAAUCUAAUUAAACCACACUGAACAUGCCUCGGCUUGCCGCUCUGCUCACCAGAGGGCUUAUUAAUUUGCACUGCUGAUUUCUGCAUGAAAAAUUUCUUUGGCCUGUGGAUUGUGGGAAACACUGUGGUUGAGUUCAAUCGGUUGACAUCUACCAGAUUUCACUAUGUGAUCUCCCUCUGGCUUUAGAAAUCACCCUCAAUAACAAAGAUGACCCUGCAGAUCCAUGCCUUCCCUCAUAGCAUCUGACUGCAUAUUAAAACUCACGUGGUAAACGUCUUCUAACUUCAAACCAUUCCCUCAUUUCAAAGAUGAGUGACACAAACUAUUGGGUCGUGGACUAUGAUCUCUCCUCUUCUGCACCGCCCGGGUUUCCCAGAGGCCCGACGGGGCUGGAGCCCACAGCAGGACACCCCGAGCAGGGAACAGCCCUGUGUUUCGUCGGCCUCCUUGUUCUGCUGCUGCUCUUUCUUGUUGUUCGCUGCGUGCGUAUCUUGUUAGAUCCUUACAGCAGCAUGCCGGCAUCAUCAUGGACAGACCAUAAGGAGGGACUGGACAGAGGACAGUUUGAUUAUGCCUUGGUGUAAAGAUGAGGAGUAGACUUUUGACUGAUGUUGUGUGAUCUGCUAAAAGCUUCUAGUGUUACAAAGUUUCUGAAGUUUUUGAAGAUGAUUGAAGCAGCAGUAUGUUACAGUGUGUUUGCUGUUUGGUUGGAAUAAUGCAAGCUGUCAAGAUAACAGCAUAAAAACCUCUAAACAGUAUCUGUAUAUGCAGCAGUGCAGAGACAAAAGGAGUGGACACACCAGAAGUCCUGCAUCCAUUUUCAUUUACAGUACUUCAUGAAUUAUCAGAGACUUAUGGUGUGGAUGAUGUUACACUGUAGCUUUUAGAGUGACAAACACUGCAGGAGGAUAACGAACAGUAUGGCAGCAUUACAUUUAUCAUGUCAUUUUGUAAUUCUAUAAUGUUUUUAUAAAUCCCAGAGCUGAAUUAUAAAUAGAGAGCAGAGCUGCAGCAAGAGAGGUCCUGAUUGAAUAAAAAAGAAAUUAAAUGAGUUUAGGGCAGACAUGGAAGUCAUUUAGACAGAACUGAUACGUGCUGUUAGUGCAAAUUCAGAGAUGAGACAGUCAACUUUAAAUUACUGUUACAUCUAAAAAUGACAUUCCCUCUGCUGCUUUUGUUACUGAGCUUUUUUGCAGUUCAAGCUGAACCAAAAAUGUAGAUGUCAUAGUUUGUCUGAAACUGGAAACCUUUUUUGUAAAAUUAUUUGUAAUGUGAGCAAUGCUUGAUAUUGUGAGGCAUUUGUAGCACCUCUAAGAUAAUCCUCAGGUAAAAAAAAAAAUAAAAUAAAAAACUGACCAAAGCCUCUAUAAUUUGAGGGAAUCACUUAAAUUGUCUGUGAUUUGCAUCAAUUUAUUUUCUUUUAAACUCACUGUGUCCUAAAUUUCAUUCUUAUGCCACUCUGAAAUCUAAAGUUUAUAAUACAUAACAGUUAAUACAGCGUAUUUUAUUUGGGGUUGUGCUGUUUCAUGUCGCUCUCCCUUUAAGAGGCUUAUGAGGCUCAGUGCAGGGGGUCACAGCGCUGACCUAAUAUGUGUCAUAUAAAGUUAUGAUUAUGAAAUGCAUGUACACCAAGUUCCUCCGCCUAAUCCUUUUUGCCUUUAGGCCCCGUCCAGUGCACCAGCCAAAUUUGUUCAACAGUGCCUGUAGAAAUAUGAGAAAAGUUCAAAUCAAUUUCUUACUAAUGAUCAAUGAUAAUCUUACCGCUCCUUUUGCUGCCACUUGUUUUGUAUUAUUGUUUCUGCCCUUAUUAUUAUACCAUAAAGUCCUUGGAAAUGUGGCUAUGAAAGGCUCUUUAUAAAUAAAGUUUAGUAUUGAUAUUAUAUGGUGACCAAAAGUCUGUUUAUUAAUACCAAACUAUUGUAUAUACUUCCUGGAUGUAGAUUCUUGCUUGUAAGAAGUAAAUAUUUUCCUAAUGUUUUUUUG